AUGGCUUGUUGCUCUGGGAAGAAAACGAGUGGUAAAGAACCACAAUCAAUUAAAAGUGAAUCAAAUCCACCAUCGGAAAAAAUUCAACCAAUAACACCAGUUAAAUCUGCAAAUCCCAAGAUUGAAUAUACAAUUACUAUAAAAACAGGUAAUAAUAGAAAUUCGGGGACAAAUGGACCUGUUUAUAUCAAAAUUUUUGGUCGCGAUAAUAAAGAAACUGACGAUAUACUUUUAACAAGUGCUUCAAAUGAAAAAAUUUUUCAUCAAGAUUCAAUAAAAAAAAUUCCAAUUCAAGCUAUUGAUAUUGGUAAACCACAACGUAUUAUGAUUCGUCAUGAAGAUAAAACAAAUGGAUGGUUUAUUGAUUAUGUUGAAAUAUCAGUUCAUAAUUUUUUAAUUAGAUUUGUUGCUAAUCGAUGGUUAGAUGAAACAAAACAUGAUCGAAAAUUAUCCGCAGAACUUUUUGGUUCCGAACAACCAGCGACUUCGUAUGAUAUCGAAGUUCAAACAGGUAGUGAACAAAUAGAACCGUUAGAUUCACCCGUAUAUAUGCAAAUAUUUGGAACAAUAACAAAUACACCGAAGUUCUUCUUAGAAUCAAAAAAUGCUUCAUUUACAAAAGAUUCAAAAGCAAAAUUUAGUGUUUCAAGUAAUAAUGUUGGCGAUAUACAAAAAAUUAUAAUUGGACAUGAAGGUCUUGGUACAGUUAAUGAUUGGUAUUUAAAAAAUGUUAAAGUACAAACAGAUACACAACAACAUGAAUAUACUGCUAAUAAAUGGUUGAGUUUAACGAAAGAUGAUAAAAAACUAUAUGUUGAAUUAAAUCAAGAAACACCUCGGGCGUCAUCACCUUCACCUGCAGCGUAUUUAGUAACAGUGCACACAGCAUGGGUUCAACCAGCUGAACCGAUAGAAAAUAUUCAACUAACUAUUCGCGGAUCAGAUGGAUCUAUUGAUAAGGUGUUAUUGAAAGAUUAUGCGAAAUCAAAUGAACAGCAACUUUUUCAAAAAGGCAGCUCAGAUCAAUUCGAAAUUAAACAUAAAGAUAUUGGCAAGAUCGAAAAUAUAACGGUUGGGUUCGAUGAUAAUGACCAAAAAUCCGCUUGGCUUUUGGAAUCUAUUGAUAUUCAAUAUGAAGAAACAUUGUAUCAUUUCCAAGCACAAUGUUGGUUAUCGAGUCGCCUAGGACAAAAUUUCAAUUGGAUUACAAUGAAACCAGAUCCCUCGAAUGAUGAUAUAAAUUAUAAAGUAAUUAUUGAUACUGGUGAAUCUGGUAUUAAUUCUAAUGUAAUAUUAUGUAUCUAUGGUGAUGAAAAUAUAACAAAAAAUUUUGCUUUAAAAACAAUCAAAGAUGGUACACAGGCUAAAUUUAUUAAAGAUAGUCAUUUAGAAUUCGAUUUAAAAGGUGUUGAUGUUGGAAAAAUAAAAAAGAUUAAUAUUGGACAUGAUGGUAAAGGUAAUGACCAACAAUGGUUUCUUAAAUUCAUUAAAAUUGAAAAACAAAAUGAAAAUUAUACAUUUAAAGUUAAUCAAUGUUUAAGUGAAACACAACAAAAUUUUAUUGAUCUUAUUCCAGAAGAAUUAUUACCUAAAAAAGAUCAAGCUAUUUAUAAAAUUACGGUAGUAACAAGUUCAGAUGAUGAUUCAAGUACAGAUUCUGGUGUAUUUAUGAAAAUUUAUGGUGACAAAGAUCAAACAAAACGAUUUCAAUUGACAACGACAAAAGAAAAUUCGGAAUUAUUAUUCAAACAAGGUCAAACAGAUGAAUUUGAAAUUGAAUUAAAUGAUGUUGGAGAUAUUAAUAAAAUUAAUAUUGGACAUGAUGGAAAAGGUCUUCGUCCAAUGUGGCAUGUAGAAUCAGUACAAAUUCAAAAAGGAUCACAAAUUUUUAAAUUUCAUGCAGAUCAAGUUCUCGAUUUAUCAAUUCAAGAUAUUGACUUGAUACCAUUCGUACCUGAAAAAUCACCGAGUCCGAAACCUACUAAAUCAGAAACCUCACGAAGUACUUCGCCCGAGGACAAGGUUAAUGUGAAAGAAACAAUGUAUAAAGUUUCGGUACAAUAUGGUUCAUUGCAACAAAAUUCUAAUGAUGAUGAUGAUAAUACUAAUUUAUAUCUAGUUAUAGUUGGUGUUAAUGGUAAAACGAAAAGACUACCAUUACCAGUAAAUAAAAAGGAUGAAAUUGAAUUCAAUACAACUGAUGUUGGAAAAAUUUCAAAAAUUCUUCUUGGACAAGAUAAAAAUGAACAUGAAAUUGUUUAUCACGUGGAUAAUAUUAUAAUUAAACAAGAAAAUGAAAUAACAACAUUCAAUACUGAAGAUGCCAUUAAACAAAAUACUGAACUUGAAUUUACGCCUUCGCCUAUUCGGCAACCAUCGAUUACACGUAAAAGUUCGAUUUCUCCUGAAACAUCAACAUCAGAUGUCAAAAUAAAAGGUAAAUGCAUAAAAUGUUUGUUGUUAAGUGAAUAG